AAUGAAAUUCUCCGGAAUAUUAGUUUUCUUAUUUUUUAUCAUCAAGAAUGAAUGUUUCUAUGUUUUCAAAAAGGAGGGAAAGAGUUUAAAAGUUUCAAAUGAGAAUGAUUGGCUUGAUUUAACAAAGUGCUCUAAAACUUGUGGAACGGGAAUUAUCCUGAAGGAGAAGAAGUGUCCGGACAAUUUUGAAAAUAAUCUACUUGAAAAUGGUUUGCCUUGUAUUAAAGAAAAAGCCUAUUUUAUCUGUAAUACUCAACCAUGUUACUCGGCGUCUAAUUCUCAUCAAGACGCUUGUAAUAGAUACAAUCAUAUAACAUUUGCGGGUAGAAAGUACAACUGGCAAGCAUUUCGUACGGAAAAUGAGUGUAGUUUACUCUGUUUAGCGGUAAAUUCUUCAACAGAACCAUCAAAGACACGGCUAUCAUUUAGGACAGUUGCUGUCGAUGGUACAAAUUGCCAAUACGAAAAGGAUAAAGUAUGCUUAGCGGGAGAAUGUACGUCCUAUGGUUGCGAUAAUCAAUUAAAUUCAAAGGCUAUUAGAGAUGUUUGUAACGUUUGUAACGGUGACAAUUCAACAUGUAGCCUUUUUGAGAAGAGGAUUAAGGUUUCAAAUUUGGAAAAUGGCUAUCAGCAUCUAAUUUUGGUACCUCGUUUGUCGAGUAGUAUAAAAAUAUUGGAGGUAUCGCAUUCGAAGAAUGAUUUUGCCGUAAAAAACCUAUCCGGAUUCUACUAUUUAAAUGGGAAUUACUCUCUUCACAAGCACAUCGUUAUUAAUCGUGGAAAUUAUACUAUUCGUUAUAAUAAUCCAGAAGAUAUUGGUAAAGAAGAAUUUCGAAAGAGUCUUAUCAUUGAUGAACAGAUAAAUGAAGAUUUAGUUAUCGAGUUUAUGAAACAAGAGAAAGAUCCUCUUGGAGAAGUUCUUAUUCAAUUUUAUUUACCAAAUACUUACAAACACGAACAUUUAUGGAGAACUUCCGAUUGGUCACUUUGUUCCAAGUCCUGCUCCAGAGGAACAAAAACUAGAAGUGCUUAUUGUGUAAGAAAGAUGACAGAGAAAGUUACAGAUGAUUCAUUUUGUGAGGAGCAGAAGCCUAUUCUGAUCGCCGAGUGUAACAAGAUGCCUUGUCCCGCUAAUUGGACUACUGGACCUUGGCAAAAAUGUUCGGAAUAUUGCGGCGAAGGUAUUCAAUAUAGAACCGUUACAUGUAUUCAACAAUCUGAUUCGAAUGGUACCGAAACGAAGGACGAUAGCGAAUGUUCCAUUUACAAUAAACCAAUAUCGACUAGAAGUUGUAAAACUGGUAGGGAUUGUCCAAAAUGGACUGUUGGAAAUUGGACCAAGUGUGGUGCUAUUUGUGGUUGGGGGGUAAAGAGAAGACUAGUUGCCUGUCAUUUAAAGUUAUCCGGUAGGAAAAGUGGAUUCGUAUCCGAGGCUUUGUGCGACGGUAGACAAAAACCUAACGCUUCUAUGGAAUGUUACGCAGGACCUUGUUCGGGUUUUGAAUGGGCAGCUUCGGAAUGGGGAAAGUGUAUGGGCAAAUGUGAAUCUCUAUAUGGUUCUAGAACUAGACAUGUCGUCUGCAUGAGCGAAUCUGGAGAGCCAUAUUCCGACGAAUUCUGCUUGCCAAAACCUAAACCAAACACCAAAGAUAUUUGUAAGAAUGUUGAAUGUAAUGAAAAACCAGAUUGGUACGUUUCCAGUUGGAGUGAUUGUUCAAGUAAAUGCGGUAAAGGAAUUCAAACAAGAACGAAAUUAUGUGCAAUUCGAAAGCAUGGAAGUAUAUUAAGAGUUGAGGACUGGAAGUGCGAUGAAAAGACUGAAACAUCGAGGGAAUGUAACGGAACUAAAUGCGAUGGUCUGUGGAUAACAACCCCUUUUGGAUUGUGUUCGAAAUCUUGCGGAGGAGGGAAAAGAUCAAGAGUCGUAUUGUGUCUCAAAGACGAAUGUGACGUCACUAUUAAACCUAAAACUCAGGAAGAUUGUAAUAUAGAUUUAUGUUCAACGGCUUCAAAGGCGGAAUGCGAAGGAGCUGAAUGUAAAGUUCCAGCCGAUUCGGUUGGUAGCUGCAAAGAUUCGGACUUUGGUUGUUGCGCCGAUGGUAAAUCGUUUGCCGAGGGUCCUUUUAAAAAAGGUUGCCCUAUUCCAAGUUCUCUGAUGUGUAACGAUACAGAAUUCGGAUGCUGUCCAGAUGGGGUGACUGUUGCGGGUGUAAGCGAUAAAUCAGAUUGUCCAAUUUAUGGUAUAGACUGUGCAAAAAGUUUGUUUGGUUGUUGUAAUGAUGGAAAAUCAUUCGCCCAUGGUCCAAAUAAAAAAGGAUGUGCAAAUGAGACCAAUUGUGAACAAUCUACUUAUGGCUGUUGUCGGGACGGCAUAACAUCUGCUAAAGGGAGAAAUCUUUUAGGAUGUUUAGAGGAAGAAGAAGGAUCUGGAGAAGAAGAUUGUCAAAAUUCAGAAAUUGGUUGUUCGCCGAUAAUUACUUCUUUGAGGACAAAUUGCAGGAAUACUAAAUACGGUUGCUGCUCAGACGACGUAACUGUAGCUCUUACUAAAGACCGGUCGGAUUGUCCUCCAAUAAAAACUAGUCAGUUUUCCUGUAUAAAAUCAAAGUACGAAUGCUGCCCAGACGGUAAAAGUGUGCCAAGCGGUCCUUAUUUUGAGAGUUGUGCCGAAAAACUGAAAGAAACGUGCGAAAAGGCAAAAUAUGGUUGUUGUAAAGACUCUUCAAGAGGUCAGGAAGGUCCAAAUGGUAUCGGAUGUCAAGAAUUCGAUUUAUCAAAGGCUUGUUGGUUAAACCCCGAAAGGGGAGAAGGCCAUCGAUACGUUGAAAAAUGGUACUUUGAUACAGCUACAGGGAUAUGCCAAAAUUUCUGGUACGGUUCCGAGGGUGGUAAUCUCAAUAGAUUUGAAAGUGAACACGAAUGCCAAUGGAAUUGUGUUAAACCCGUCGGAUUAAAGAGGUGUUUCCUUCCUCUUGCAGAAGGAAGAUGUAAUCAGGAAUUUUCAAUGUUCUAUUACGAUUAUAAAUUACAAAGAUGCACACCAUUUAUCUUUUCUGGUUGCGAUGGUAAUGAAAAUAAAUUUAAUUCAAUUGAAGAAUGCGAGACGAGAUGCGAAGAACCACUAAGAGAUGAUGUUUGCCGACAACCAAAGAAAUCUGGUCCUUGUAGAGGUUCAUUCGAUAGAUGGUUCUUCGACUCCGAAUCUAAUUCCUGUCGGCAGUUUAUCUACGGUGGUUGUUGGGGUAACGACAAUCGUUUCGAGACGAAGAAUGACUGCGAGCAUAGAUGCUUGAACGAUACCGAAAAAGAAUCUCAAUUCAAUAAAGACGUUUGUCAUCUCAAUCCGGACCAAGGGCCUUGUCGAUCGAAUUUAGCCAGAUGGUUUUACGAUAGUUUGGAAAAGACUUGUUAUAAAUUCAAUUAUGGAGGUUGUAAGGGCAAUGCUAACAGAUUCUAUACAAAGAAAGCUUGUGAGAAAUCCUGUUCGAGUGUAGUCAGCAUAAUACCAGAAAAUCGUUGCUCAUUACCACGAGAAGAAGGUAUCUAUUGUAGUACAACGUCUAAACGAUGGUACUUUUCAUUCAAACAUCAAAAAUGCCUGCCAUUUACGUAUUUCGGUUGUUUGGGAAAUGCUAAUAGAUUCUCAAACGAGGAAGAAUGUUUAAGCGAAUGUUCUAAUCAUAUAACAACUCCCGCUCCGCCUCGUCAAAUUAAAUGUAGACUGGCGCCAGAUCAUGGUCCUUGUAAUGAGACUGUUACAGCAUUCUACUACAAUCCAAAGGAGAAAAGAUGCAAGAAAUUUGAAUAUGGAGGAUGCGGUGGCAAUCUCAAUAGAUUUCCAUCUAGAGGAGAGUGUUGGUCGGAGUGUUCUAUAGUAGAUAUUCCACAGAAGGACGUCCAUUGGUACCAGGAAUGUUCAAAACCUCCUGUACAAGGACCCUGCAAUAGUAAGAAAAUUAAGCAUUACUAUCUAGCUAAAAGUGGUACUUGUCGACGAUUUUGGUACAGUGGAUGCGGUGGUAAUGCUAACAGAUUUGAGAGCAGGAAAGAAUGCGACUAUACUUGUGCUAAAAUCAGAAAAAGAGAUAGAUGUCUCGGAGGGGUUGACAAAACCUUCUGCGGUUCUAGACUUGUUCGUUGGUAUUAUAAUAAUGAGACGGAAAGAUGCGAAGAGUUCUCUUAUGGUGGUUGCUAUCCUAAUGGAAAUAACUUUCAUAGUUGGCAGGAAUGCGCAAAGUUAUGCGAAGGAUACGAACCACCGACGGAAAUACCCGAUUACCAGACUACUCAAUCAACUAAAAUUGUUCCUCAAUUACCCGAGAAAUGCUUCUUAAGAAAGCGUCGAGGACCGUGCAGCGAACUAACGUUAAGAUUCUAUUACGAUAAUUUACAUUCAAAAUGUCGACCAUUUAUGUUCGGUGGUUGCGAUGGUAAUGAAAAUAACUUUCAAACCCAAGAAGAAUGCUACCAAUCAUGCCCAAAAAAGUUACCCAAUGCAAUUGUACAUAGUGAAGAUGACUGCUAUAAAAGUCCUGAAAGUGGAGAAUGCGGUGCUUUCCUGGAACGUUAUUAUUGGAAUGUUACUAGUGGGAUUUGUAGUAGGUUUAUGUAUGGAGGAUGCGAAGGAAAUGGAAAUAAUUUCAUUUCGGAAUCGGAUUGCUACUCAUUUUGUCAAACUAAAGCUUCAAUGCCAAGAUGCCCCAAGAACUUGAUAUGUAAGAAUAAUUGUAAAUUUGGUUAUCUUAUUGACAAAUAUGGAUGCGAAACUUGCGAAUGUGCUCUAAAUCCUUGCUUAACUGUUCUCUGCGCUAAAGGCUACGAAUGUUCACUUGUCAAGAAUGCUUGUGUAAGGAAACCUUGUCCAUUGUAUGUUACAGGUUGCGUUAAAGUUACAGAGAAGGAAGGUAAAUGCCCUGAUCAUUGGAAUCUUCCGGCAUCUUGUAGAGCCGAGUGUAAAAGGGACGACGACUGCGACGGUGAUUUUAAAUGCUGUUCGAAUGGUUGCGGUAGAUUGUGUGUUGAUCCCUUAUCGAAUAAUAUACAAAUUCCAGUAGAAGAAUCUCCAGCUAAAAUCACCUUGAGGAAGAAGGCUAUCAUUUCAAGGGCGUUACAAAACAGUAAUAUAGUUUUUGACUGUCCUGUUCGAGGAUAUCCAAAACCGGAUAUAAUAUGGAUAAAAGAUAAUAGGCCUGUAGAUCAAAAUGAGAAUGUCUACAUGGGCAAAAAUGGCUCUCUACAUAUAGAUAAUAUAGUAAGCCAAGAUUCUGGAAGCUAUAUCUGUAGCGCUGCAAAUGAAUUAGGAAGAGACUCUGCAACAUACACACUAGUAGUUCAAGAUAUACCAAGGAUGUAUAAACGAAACGAUUCUGUAACAAUAGAGGAAGGCUACGGCUAUCAAAUAACUUGUCCAAUUAUUGAAUCAUCUCAAUUUAAAAUAACCUGGCGUUUUAAUGGUAGAUUUUUAAAGGAUACAUCCAAAAUAUUAAGAAUAUCCAAAACCAACAUAUUCGAUUCUGGAAAAUAUAUGUGUAUUGCAAGUAGUUUGGCCGGAAGUACUAGUUACGUCAUGGAUCUUCAAGUAUUACCGAAAUUGAAAGCAAUUAUACAAGAGCACAAUACAUCGUGGCCAAUUAAUUAUGAGACUGAAUUGGUCUGUUUCUCAAAUCAUCCAAAUGCAUCUAUAACUUGGCUAAAAGAUGGUGAAAUCAUUUCGAAUUCGUCUACAUAUUUAGUACGAAAGGUUAAGAAAUCUCAUCAAGGGACAUAUAUUUGUCAGGUUCAAUCCAACGUUGGUUGGGCGAUAUAG